AUGUGUGACCAAUGGAGUAGUUUGCUUACUGCCAUAGCUAGUGAAGUACCAGGAAGUGUAGUUCUUGUCACAACACAAAGCAAAAAGGUUGCAGACGUAGUAGCCACAAUGUGCCAAGUUCCACUAGCACCUUUGCCAUGGGAGAGUUUUUGGCCAGUUUUCCAGUAUUACGCAUUUGGCACCACCAAUGAUUUUUCUCAGAAUAAUCAAAAUCUUUUGCUAAUUGGUGAACAAAUAGCAAAAAGGCUAGAUGGUUUGCCGUUAGCAGCAAAAGUAAUGGGAAAUCUGUUAAAGUCCAGAUUGACUGUAGACCAGUGGAGGUGCAUCCUAGAGAGCGAUUGGUGGGAUCUGAGUGAAGUUUUUUGUGAAAUCCUUCCAUAUAUGGGAAUCAGUUAUCAAGACCUACAACGUAGACACAGACAGAGCUUCGCUUUCUGUUCAAUCUUUCCACAAAACUACUUGUUCGAUAAGGAUAGAUUGGUCAAUAUGUGGAUUUCCCAUGAUUUCAUCCAACACAGAGAAUUUGAUGACACUAGGCUAGAGGAUAUUGGAAGUAAAAUGUUUGAUGACCUUCUACAAAGAUCAUUUUUCCAGGCUACAUUUGACAACAAGAGGUACACUAUGCACGAUCUAGUAAGGGCUCUUGCUAUUGCUGUUUCUUCAGGUGAAUGCUUCCUCCACAAAGAGAACUCAGAGAGAGCAUCACCAACUGUUCGCCACUUGGCUCUGCAAAUUGGUAAUCAACUGCAUAUUGAUGAACUAAGCAAGUAUAAAAAUCUACGGACAAUCUUGUUGUUUGGUCAUUGUGAUAGUAAUUCAAUUUCUGAUCUGGUUGACAACAUGUUAGCCAAGUCAAGAAGCAUUAGAGUGUUAGACUUAUCUCAUGUGGAGGUGUUAACAAAUAUGCUUCCCAACAUUGCAUCCAUGAGAGAAUUGAGGUUCCUUGAUCUUUCUUUCACAAGAGUCAAUAAUUUCCGCAAUUUGCCUUGUAGUCUUCAAGUUUUAUACCUCCGUGGAUAUGCCCGCAAUUUUAUUCCUCAGAGUAUCAAUAGGCUUGCCAAGUUAAGGCACUUGUAUGUUGAUGUUAUGGCUCUCUCUUUGGUUCCUGGUAUCGGGCAACUAAGUCAACUUCAAGAAUUGGAGAGCUUUAGUGCUGGAAAGAGAAAUGGAUUCUUGAUAAAUGAGUUGAAGAACAUGCAGGAGCUAUCUGGGAAAAUUUGCAUCAGCAAUAUUCAUGUUAUUAAGAACAAGCAUGACGCAGAGAAUGCCAAUAUGAUUUUGAAGAAACACCUUGAAGUCGUGGUGCUGAAGGGGAGAAACGUAUCCAAAAAAGUGGUUGAAGGACUGCAGCCACACUCAAAUCUACAAGAGCUUGUGAUUGAAGGCUAUGGGGACACGACUUUACCAACCUGGAUGUUACAUGCUCACAUCUUCACAAAACUUCACUCCCUUCAUGUGGUAAACUGCCGACUUUUAUGCCAAGCCUCUCAUGAUGAUGCCAAGAACAAGUUCAGUGCCGAUUCAGUAUCCAAUGCUGACCGACACAAACUAUGUGGUUUGGGCCACAAAGAUGAAGUUUAUUCUCAGGAACCUACGCGUGUGGAAGGCCAUAGAAGGCGCCGAUGA